AUGUCGUCGGGCGGGCGCGUGAGCCGCGGGCGUCCGGCGCGGCUGCCGCUGUCGCUGGCGCUGCCGGCGUUGGUGCUGCUGGUGGCGGCGGGCGGCGCGGCUGUGUGCCCCGAGCGGUGCGCGUGCUCGCUGGACCUGCGCGGGCGGCGGCAGGUGGUGUGCGCGGCCGGCGGCAUGCAGGACCCGAUCCCCAUCGCCAUGAUGGAGCAGAAGCAGGUGGAGGUGCUGCGCAUCUCGGCGCCCCUCGCGCGACUCAACGCCCUCACCAUCGGCCCCAUCUUCCAGAAGUUCUCUCGCCUCGAGGAGCUGCACAUCACCUACUCCAACAUCCCGGCCAUCGGCAAGCACUCCUUCUGGGGCGUGCCCACCUUGCAGAUCCUCAACCUGACGCACAACAACGUGUCGCACGUGCUGGACUACAACUUCCGCGGGUUGGCCAACCUGCUGGAGCUGCACCUGGACGACAACCGCAUCGAGUCGAUGCCGAGCGGCACCUUCCGCUACCUGCAGGAGCUGCGCGUGCUGUCGCUGGCGCGCAACCGCAUCACGGAGCUGGUGCCGCGCCUCUUCCUCAUGCUGGGCAAGCUGCACCAGCUCGACCUCAGCGGCAACCGCCUGCUCGAGCUCAACCCCGAGGAGCUGAGAGUGUUCCGGUGCCGAGGCUGUGGCCUGAGCAACAUCAACACUCUCAUCUAUCGACUGCUGCCCGACCUCACACUGCUCGACCUCGGCGACAACGAGUUCAAGUACCUCAGCAGCGACGAGUUCAGAGAUCUGCGCAAGUUGCAGCACGCUGCAGCCCCAACAUCAGAUAAAAAACAGUAA